AUGUCCAGAUUCCUUGCACAACGCGCUUUGUUCGAAGUCCACGAAUCCCCUUCAAAGAUGUACAGCUGGGUCGUCUUUAUAGCAGCAAACAUCCUUGUCGGAAUCCCCUACCAGGUCUGCCUCUCCGUGGCCACAUGGGCGUGCUGGUACUUCCCUGUCUUCGGACUUAAUCACGAAUCCGAGACUCGGGUUCUCAUGUGGGCAUUUUGUCUGCAAUUCCUGCUUUUCGGCUCGACGUGUUCGCAGAUGCUUAUUUUCACAAUGCCGAACAUCGAGUCGGCGGCCACUCUGUCGACCAUCCUGUUCACGCUGACCCUGCACUUCAACGGCGUACUGCAAGUGCCCACCGCACUCCCUGGAUUUUGGGUCUUCAUGUAUCACGUCAGCCACUUCACCUAUCUUAUAGGUGGGUGGGCUGGCACGGGCCUGGUAAACAGAUCUGUCGUCUGCGCGGAGAAUGAACCGGCAAUUUUCGAUCCCCCGACCGGACAAACAUGUGGCCAAUAUCUCUCAGCUUACCUGGCGGAUGGUGCCCCGGGGUCCUUACUCAAUCCUUCUGCCAACGCAAGCUGCAGGUACUGUCCCAUCCGGAACGCCAACCAGUUCCUUGUACAGUCGUGGAUUCACUCAUCGGACCAAUAUCGGAAUCUGAGUAUCUUGUUUGCAUACAUUGCUUUCAACGUGCUCGCCGCGCUCUCGCUAUACUACAUCUUUAGAGUCAGGGGAUUCUCAAUCAAGAGUCUGCGGAAGCCGCAGCCGCAGGGACCCGAGGAUGGGAAAGAGCACGAAGACAAACAGCGUAGGAGGAAAGGCUUUUAUCUGGGCUUUUACUACAAUCUGGUGUUGGCUAUUCUGAGGAAUCUAGUUCGAUACCGGCCCUGCCCGGUUAUGAUUUGA